AACAGGUGGACAGGAUUGACAACAUUGCUCUCUGAAGGUCAUUAACAUACUUUUAACCUCGUGGUGACCCUAACUUUGAGCCCUACCCCUUACCAUUAUAACAUUACGAUAGUCAACAGUUCCUGUCCUCGGAAUAUUCUCUCAAUGUCCCCUGAUCCCUUGACAUUCGACAGCGCAUGUUCGAUUGCUUAUGCUAGUAUUUCGCUAAUAUGACCCUUCCCCCAAAUCUGGAGAGCUGAGCUUGUGAUCACCUGUGUGUGAUUAUGCGCCUGCUUCUAUUUAAGGACGUUGCGGUGUAGUUGAGCAAAUACUGAUCAACAGUUGUAGCCACUUUUGUACUUGUCCACUUCUUUUUCAAUAUGGGUGUAGAGAUGGAGGGUCAGAGCGUGGUUAUCGACAGGCUGCGGACAUCGUUCCGCUCGGGGGUCACCGUUCCGGAGUCCUUUCGCUUGGCACAGCUGGAGGCUCUCUUUUCUCUCAUCAAGGAGAACGAGACGCAGAUCCUCCAGGCCCUGCACCAGGACCUCGCCAAGCCCAAGUUUGAGGCGGUGCUGUCAGAGAUCGACAUGGUGACGAAUGAGCUCUGCUUCGCCAUCAACAACCUCCGGACCUGGAUGCAGCCUGAGUACGUGGGAAAAAAUCUGGCAACCAAGCUGGAUGAUUGUUUUGUCCGUAGAGAGCCCCUAGGGGUGGUGCUGAUUAUUGGGGCAUGGAAUUACCCUCUUCAGCUCAUUCUGUUACCCCUGGUUGGGGCAAUAGCUGCAGGUAACUGUGCCGUUGUGAAACCAUCUGAAAUCAGCCAGGCUACAGAGAAGCUUUUGGCCGAGCUCAUCCCCAAGUACCUGUCUCAGGAGUGUUAUGCAGUGGUGUGUGGUGGAGCAGAAGAAACCAAGACGUUACUGGAGCAUAGAUUCGAUCAUAUCUUCUACACAGGGUCCCAGGUGGUGGCCCGGAGCAUCCUCCAGGCUGCAGCGAUACACCUCACCCCAGUCACACUGGAGCUGGGAGGGAAGUGUCCUUGCCUGAUCUAUGGCAGGCUGGACAUCAAGGCUGCUGCUAGGAGACUGGUCUGGGCCAAGUUUUUCAACGCGGGGCAGAGCUGUGUGGCCCCAGACUACGUCCUUUGUACCCCUCUGACUCGGGACGCCCUAAUCCCUGCCAUCCGGGAGGCCCUCGAAACUUUCUACACCCCCCAGCCCCGGCAGUGUCCCGAUAUGGGCCGCAUAGUGACAGACAAGCACUGGACCAGGCUGACUGAAAUGCUGAAGAGAUCCACCGGGACAGUAGCGAUAGGAGGGGAGAGCGACAAGGAAGAGAAGUACAUUGAGCCUACAGUGCUGGUUGACGUCAAGGAGACAGAUUCACUCAUGGAGGAAGAGAUAUUUGGCCCCAUUCUGCCAAUUCUCACCAUCGAGACCCUGGAGGAAGGGAUCGACUUCAUCAACCGCAGAGAGAAGCCCCUGGCCCUGUACGUCUUCUCUGAUGAGCCUCCGGUGGUUACCAAAGUUCUUGAGAACUCCAGCAGUGGGGGGUUCUGCUCAAAUGAUGGUAUAGUCCACAUGACCCUGCCAGGGCUACCCUUUGGAGGAGUAGGGGCCAGCGGGAUGGGCAGCUACCACGGCCGCUGGGGGUUCGAAACGUUCAGCCACCGGCGCGCCUGCAUGCUGCGGGGGUGGGGCCUGGAGCGCGUCAACGUGCUGCGCUACCCGCCUUACCAAGAGAGCAGCUUGGGCUGGCUACGCUGGGCCACCGGCGCCAAGAAGGGCUGGGCCGGAUGCUCCGUCAUGUGACCCCGCACACCGGGCUAUCCCGCCACUGGUCUCUCUACGGGCGGUGUAUCUGUCUCUGUUAGCCUGCUGGGUUUACUGACUAACCACGUUUUGCCACAUGGCAGCUCGGUGCCAUACCCUCAUGCUG